CCCGCUGCCCGCAGGCCCUUCCGCCUCACUCAGCGGAGCGGUGGAGCGGGACGGGCGUGGGCCAUGGAGCGGACAGCGGGGAAGGAGCUCGCCCUGGCGCCGCUGCAGGAAUGGGGCGAGGAGACGGAGGACGGUGUGGUGUACAGUGUCUCCCUGCGGCGGCAACGCAGCCAGCACUUGAGCCCGGGCGAAGGGUCUGGGAGCAGUCAGACCCACAGACCCUCUACCGACGCUUUCCUCCAUUACCGCACCAGCAAGGUUCGGGCACUCAGGGCGGCACCGCUGGACCGGCUGGUUCGGGAGUUGGUGUUUGGAGACCCGGAGCAGGACCCAAGUUUCAUACCUGCCUUCCUGGCCACCCACCGGGCCUUUGUGCCCACUUCCCGAGUGCUGGACCUUCUCCUACCACCACCGCCCCCUCCCCUACCGCCAGGGGUAGAGAUCAAGAAGACAGAGGGCAGAGAUCUGAGCUUCAACAAGAACCUGAGGGCUGUGGUGUCAGUACUGGGCUCCUGGCUUCGGGAUCACCCUCAAGACUUCUGGGACCCCCCUGCCCACUCGGACCUAGAGAACAUCCGCACCUUUCUAGGCUGGGCAGCCCCAGUGGGGGUUGAGGCCAAGGAGGCAGAAAAGCUGCUGGGAGAUUUCUUGGAGGAAGCAGAGCAAGAGCAGAAAGAAAAGCUGCCCCAGGUUUGGGCAGGAUUUCUGGGAGCUACCCAGAUCCCUGGUGCAGAUCUUACAGAAUAUUGCCUGGAUGAAGUGCCAGAAGGCCAGGACCUCCUAGAUUUCAGCCUGGAUGAAGUAGCUCAACAACUGACCCUGACGGAUGUGGAGCUGUUCUCGAGAGUGCGGCCCUGUGAGUGCCUGGGCUCUGUGUGGUCACAGAGGGAUCGGCCAGGAGCCAGAGGCACCGCCCCCACUGUCCGUGCUACAGUGGCCCAGUUCAACAUGGUGACUGGCUGUGUACUGGGUUCUGUGCUUGGGGAGCCCAACCUGGCCACCCUGCAGAGGGCACAGCAGAUAGAGAAGUGGAUCUGCAUUGCCCAGCGCUGCCGGGAACUCCGGAACUUCUCUUCCCUGAGGGCGAUCCUGUCAGCUCUGCAGUCUAACCCCAUAUACCGGCUCAAGCACUGCUGGGGAGCUGUUAGUCAGGAACCGUUAUCCAUUUUCAGGAAACUUUCGCAGAUUUUUUCUGAUGAGAACAACCAUCUUAGCAGCAGAGAGAUUCUCUUCCAGGAAGAGGACACUGAGGGACCCCAAGAGGAGGAUAGCCCCCCAAGAAGCUUGCCUUCAAAACUGCCACCAGGCCCUGUGCCCUACCUUGGCACCUUUCUCACGGACCUGAUUAUGUUGGACACAGCACUGCCGGAUAUGUUGGAGGGGGAUCUCAUCAACUUUGAGAAGAGGAGGAAGGAGUGGGAGAUCCUGGCCCACAUCCAGCAACUGCAGAAGCGUUGCCAGAGCUACUGCCUGAAACCCUGCCCACGCAUCCUGGCUGCCCUACAUGUCCAGCGUCAGCUCACUGAGGAGCAAAGCUACCGAGUCUCUCGUGUCAUUGAACCUCCAGCUGCCUCUUGCCCCAGCUCCCCACGUGUCCAGCGACAUAUCAGCCUUACCAAGCGCCUCAGUGCAAAAUUGUCCCGAGAACGAGGCUCAUCCCCUUGUGGGAGUCCCGGAGACCCCUCAUCCCCUACCUCCAGUCUAUCCCCAGGCUCUCCCCCAUCUAGUCCUAGAUUGAGGGACACUUCUGGCAGUCCCCCGGCCUCUCCAGGACUCCAGCACCCCAACACCAAGUUCCUCCUAAACGCAGACCUGCUGGGUCCUCAGCCCCUGGCCUCACCUCUGAGUGGCCUUCGACUCCCACUCCCUGCACUGCAGGGCUCAGAGGCCCGAGUCAUCCGAGUCAGCAUCGACAAUGACCAUGGGAACCUAUAUCGCAGCAUCUUGCUCACUAGCCAGGACAAGGCCCCCAGCGUGGUACAACGAGCCUUACAAAAGCACAAUGUGGUCCAGCCCUGGGCCCGAGACUACCAGCUAUUUCAACUCCUUCCUGGGGACAAGGAGCUCCUGAUUCCUGACAGUGCCAAUGUCUUCUAUGCAAUGAGUCCAGCUGCUCCUGGAGACUUCAUGCUGCGGCGGAAGGAAGGAGCUAGGCACACUACCUCAAUCUCCCCAACCUGAGGGAGUUCUCGCCUCCCUCCAGGACACAGUUGGGGAGGUUUGAGACCUGGUUUCUGUCAAUUUGAGGCAGGGAGGAGACUCCUCUCCACUAAGCUUUCAUUUCCCAAUAGAGACCCCUGUGAUUUGUACCACGUGACCCUCCACCCCCAACUUUAUCCCAGAGAGGGAUCCCAUUCCUCUCUGACCUUGGGGCCAGAUGACUAUUUCAAAAACAUCAGCUCACAGAGUGGCAGUGGAGAGUUUCACCGCCUAAACAGUGAAGGGGGUUACACACUAGGAGAUCAGGCCCUUCCCCAGAGAAAUCUUAUAACUCUUGAAUAUGCAUCAGAACUGACAAAAGUGGAUGAAAAUAAUGACAAAAGUUAAGAAAUUGUAAUCAGUCUUGUCUGUCAUGCACCUGUACCCCACCCACAUUCAUUCCCUAAGAAGAUAAGGCCUUUUUUUUUUUUUUUAAAGAAAAACAUUAAGAGCAUUAGAAAUGAGUUGAGGG